AUGCUGUUCAUCCAAGUCUUGUAUGGAGAUUCUGAGACCAAGAUUGGAGGAGCAUAUCUUGCUCACCACACGCUAAAGCGUGAUGUCAGUCCGUAUGUAGCAACCAGUGACAUCACAGUCAGCCAAGGUGCCACUCUCACCAUAGAACCGGGAGUCACCAUCAACUUCCAAGCUCGAGUCAGACUUCAUGUCCGAGGAACUCUCUUUGCCAAAGGCUCACUGAGCAAUCAAAUUUUGAUGUUUCACAACAUGACUGAAGGUGUCGAUUCCACUUCUAUUCGUCUAGUGGGAGGUCAGAGUUCCAAAGAGGGAAGGGUGGAAGUGUUCAACGGUCACAAUUGGGGAACCGUGUGUGAUGAUUAUUGGAAUGCAGAUAACGCUCGUGUUGUAUGCAGACACCUCGGAUUUGGUGAACCCGUUGAAGCAUCCACACGUAGAUUCGGUCAGGGAACGGGAAUCAUUGCAUUGGCUAACGUGGACUGCAGAGGCGUGGAAAAUUCACUGUUUGAUUGCCAUGGAGGGAGCAGCUGGAAUAACAGCAAUUGUCAACAUUCAGAAGACGUUGGUGUUGUGUGUGGCACGAUUGGUGUUGGAUAUUGGGGAGGGAUCGUGUUUUAUGAUGACGACGCGACCGAAACCAUCACGUACAACGCACGAAAGUACCACAGUAAAAGUGUUUUAGAAAAUGUCAAAAUAAUCAACGCUGGGAGAACAAUAAAUAAUGCUUCAUAUGUUUCAUCAACUCCUGAUCUGUUGGUACCAGCUAUCACCAUGACAACAGCAAGUCCCUCCAUCACUAACGUGUCUAUUGUAGACAUUAGUCACAUUGGUAUUCAGAUCAACUCUGUACACGGGUAUGUACACUUGUCUGGUCUUACUGUUGCAAACAGCGGCAACAACGGUAUAUCAGGCUCACUGUCGUGGCAGUUUAGAUGUGAUGAUUGCCACCUUUACAAUAUUGGUGGGACUGCUAUUGACAUCACUUUUAUUCCACUCUUACUCAAACCACCGCCCAACGCUCCAACCUACCAAGUAAACUCUAGUACAACUACAUCGUACUCUAUUGAUGAUCGUGGAGCAUAUCUCACAUUUGAUGUUUCCAACUGGAGAUAUUAUACAGAUACAAGUUCAAUUAGCACAAUGCCAGGAUAUGCACUUGUAGUUGCGUUCCAGCAGGCGUCUGGUGAUGCAGUACUUCAAGUAAAAGACGGAAUGACAAAGCAGUAUUUGCUGUCGGCCCGAAUUGGUGCCACAACGCCAGAAAACGUCAUGGUACCUUCUCACAAGGCAGUUAUCAUUCUUUAUCAAUACUGGUACGGUUCCAGCACAUCAAACGUUACACUUUUUAUAUCAAGAUAUCCUAUUGGUUCUCGCGAAGCAAAUUUAAUGGGUUGUAACAUUGCCAAAACGUGGAGUGGAAUACGACUGUCUGGAAAUGUUGGCGUCCAAAGUAUUAUCAACUCUGUGAUUACUAACGUAACAGGAAGGGCGAUACAACUGUCUGGAUAUGUUGACGUCCAAACUAUAAUUGAAUCAGUUAUUACGAAUGUGACAGGAACAGUAAUAGAGCAGUACGGAACUGUUCGCGUCCAAACUAUUAUUAAAGCAGUUAUUGCAAAUGUGACAGGAACAGUAAUACGUCAGUCCGGAACUGUCCCCAACCAAAGUAUUAUUGACACAGUUAUAGCGAAUGUGACAGGAACAGUAUUAUAUCAGUCUGGAACUGUUGGCGUUCAAAGUAUUAAUAACUCUGUGAUUACAGACGUGACAGGAACAGUAAUACGUCAUUACGGAACUGUUUCCAUCCAAAGUAUUACUGACACAGUUAUAGCGAAUGUGACAGGAACAGUAUUAUAUCAGUCUGGAACUGUUGGCGUUCAAAGUAUUAAUAACUCUGUGAUUACAGACGUGACAGGAACAGUAAUACGUCAUUACGGAACUGUUUCCAUCCAAAGUAUUACUGACACAGUUAUAGCGAAUGUGACAGGAACAGUAUUAUAUCAGUCUGGAACUGUUGGCGUUCAAAGCAUUAAUAACUUUGUGGUUACAGACGUGACAGGAACAGCAAUGGAACUGCUAGGAAAUGCUGAUAUCCGAAAUAUUGUCAACUGUACGAUUACCGGCAUAACAGGUACUGCAAUUCGAAUGAGGGGAUCUGCCAAUGAGGUGAUGAUUUCAUCAGUAAAUGUACGAUGUCAUACAGACUUCUCGCAAACUGGAAUUGAAAUAACUAUAUAUCAAGGCAUGUGGCAGGUAACAAAUUCCUACGUUGCGAACUGUUACCAAGGGCUACAAACAAAUAUUUACAGCUCUAAUUUUAAUCUUUCUAUCACUAACUGCACUUUCCUUCAAAACACAUACCGAGGAGCGAAUGUCUACUGCAGUCAACGAUAUUAUUAUCAUCAUCAUUAUUAUUAUUAUUAUUAUUAUAACAGCAAUCUGACUCCACUGCUUCAAAUUUCUAAUUGCAUGUUUUCGGGAACUACAGACACUGCUCUGAACGUUGACUACAACUACUACUACUACUACUACUACUACUACUACUACUACUACUACAAUUCACAUCCCUACUCAAUGCGUGUCUAUGUCACAGACAAUACGUUUCAACAAAAUCUGCAAGCUCUUCGUUUUACUCGCAAACACCGUGACAUUCCUACUAUCAUCGCUAGAAACAAUUUUAUUAACAAUAAUGGAAAAUGUUGCUCAGGAGCAAUGGAUAUCGAUGACUACUCUGAUUACAGCAGUUUAAUGCAUGCGCCAGUUAUUGUUGAAAGCAAUGUCUUCACAUACAACAGUGGAGAAUAUGUAGUGAGGUUGAAUACAAGAGCAUCAUUUCACUCUUCUCAUCAACAUGUUGACAGUUUGUUCAGAGAUAACAAACUGACAAAUAACUCUCUGUCAUCUCUCCCCACCAGAUACGCAAAGUCUACUCCAAAUGCAGUAAUUGUCCUUACUGGUACAGGCUACGUGAGGAUCUACAAUAAUAUACUUGACAAUCAAAAUGCGAACACAGAACUUACAGUGCAAGUGGAGGGAAACUCAUCACUGGACACAAUCAACGUCACACUCAACUGGUGGGGAACGGCAAAUGAAGAAAAAAUUGUAGAAAGAAUUUUUGAUUUUGAUGAUCUUAAUCACCUGGCAGUCGCUCAAUAUUUUCCGUUUCUUCUGUCUCCGUCAAUCACCAAUGUUGCAUCAUCAAGUCAUCCGAGAUCGUAUCCUCCACUUGUGAACAACAACAGAGAAGUUGGAGGCCAACUGCAUACUGAUUUUACAUUAACUGCUUCCGGUGGACCUUACACUGUAACACGUGAUGUGACUGUAUUGCCAAACGCAACACUGACUAUAGAAGCGGGUGUCGUGCUGUCUAUCUUGCCAUAUGUUGAAAUAUUGAUAGAAGGAAGGCUCUUGACUAAAGGAACACCUGACAAUCCUGUUACAUUUACUCACAUAGUAAAUGAUGCUAAAGCCAAAUCAACUUCUGAUACACAAUUACUAGUCCGUUUCUCUGAACCUGUUAGCUACUCCUAUUACGUAUACGGCAUUAUUGAGCUGCAACUCAACAGAUUGUGGUACCCACUUUGUUACAAUUCACGAUCGAUUGACUAUUCGUCAUUGGACCUCAUUGCGUUACUGACAUGUCAACAACUUACUGAUUGGAACAACCAUGAUAACUGGUACCACUGGUGGGGGCGGGUUGAGUGGUUUCCUACCCUCGGAGAUCCUAUUGUUCGUGAUUUCUUGUGUCUUGAAAAUGCGACGUCGUUUAAUAAUUGCACGUUCAACACAUCUAGCUACGCUCCUCAUUCGAAAUGUUUACAGGUUGUACAAGUUGAAUGCUACUGCUCUCACUCUUCGUGUUAUCAACAAUCGUCUCAAUUUACUCAAACCAAUUGGGCAGGUAUCCGCUUUGCGCCAACCAGCACCGUCUCCAACUAUCCUUUCAAUCAGAAAACGCCACGAUCCGUUCUAAACCACACGGAAAUUAUAGGAGCAGGUAAUAGAUAUGAUAAGACAGUACCUUCUGUUCAAGCCAUAUUCCGUCCUCCAGAAACCAAUGGAUUAACAAUUAAAGAUUCGGCAUCGACGGCUAUGGAAGUGUCUCACUUACACGAAAAAGCUAUUAUCAGCGAGGUGACCAUCGUAGGUGCGGCUGGAGAUGGUUUGGCUAUCCGUAGACCACGUGGUAGUAGUCUGAUGGUAGAGUAUGUCACAGUCAAUGAUGUAGCAGGUGCAGGAGUACACGUCUACGACUUUUCGUCUCUAUUGUCUAACAACGUUGACUAUGAAUCCAUUUGCUUUGGACAAACUAUUAUAUCUGUAGACCCAGAAGAAGGAUCUUACGUUGGAAUGUCUCAAGACGAUCAUUUACCAGGAACUAAUUGCUCCGUUGCUAUGCAAGGUCCACCUGACACUAUACUCUCUGUUCGUCUUGUCAGUCUGAGACUUUACGACGAUGAUAGACUUUACAUACGAGAUGGAAGUCAAUCUAGCAGCUCUCUUCUGACUUCAUAUUCUGGAUACAGAACGAGUUCUAGUAACGCGCCAAUUUUGUCCUCCAGCAACAAUAUUUACAUACAAGUGACAACAGGUCAGAAGACGGGCGCUCUUGGAUUUGCUUUGUUUGUUGACGUCAUUCCUACUACUGGACUACAACCUGUUGUUAUCAUCAAGUCAAGUUCUAUUCAUAAUUCUCAGUAUGGUGUGUAUUUUGAGAAUGCGUAUGAUGAUGCUCGAAUACAGAACGUCACAAUCAUGAACGUUCUCAAUGACGGUGUGUAUGUUUACAGUCAUGAAGGUGAUGUGAUGGUUGAUAACUGUACUAUAGCUCAUACAAGAGGAAAUGGAGUGGAGUACAGGUAUGGAGACGGACAACAAAUUGUUACAAACAAUCGAAUUGUCAACGUUUCCACGGGAAUAUAUCUGUACUACACCCCUAACAAUUUCGGCUGUCACUCGACGUUGUCUAGAAAUUUUGUAUCACAGACGAGAAUAAAUGCAGUUUAUAUUUACUACUACUACUACUACUACUACACCUGGUACUACCGGAACUCUGUUCAGUGCUAUAUCAGUAUUUCACACAAUACAUUUGUGUCUAAUGAAAACGGAAUUGAUUUGCAAUGGAAUUACUAUUAUUAUUAUGAUUAUUACUACUACUAUUACACACAACUGCAACUGGAUUUCACCAUUUCCAAUAAUUUCUUUUCCGAUAACAGCGGUACGGAUCUGUCCUUUUCAGGACAUGGAAAUUGGAAUGCUAGUGUAUAUUUCAACACAUUUGAACAACAUCGAGCUGGAAGUGGAGGAUGUUUGACGUUGCAUGGUUAUACCACUUCGUUGGUAUCAACUGGCAAUCUCUUCACACACAAUAGAGGAACGUAUGUUGUACGAAUAGAACCACAAACCUUCACCCAAUCUGACUUUGUAUUUACCAACAACACAAUGAUCGACAACUACGUAAACGAGAGUGACAUUUAUUAUCGAGAUGUUCGCUCUGCCGUCCUGAUUGUGUCCACUUCAGAUCGUUUUCUAAUCAGAAAUAAUCAUUUUGAUAAUCCGGGAUCUCUGUUUGAGUUAGGAGUCGAGAUACCAGUUCAAAGCUCUCAAGAGCGAGUCAUCAAUGUGACAAACAAUUACUGGGGAACGACAGACGAGAGCAUCAUUAUUGACCGCAUUCAUGACUUUGGUUACUGUUCUCGCUUAGCUUCUGCACAAUAUUUUCCAUUUCUCAUCUCUCCAUCUGGUAAUACCGUCUCCGCUUUAAUUUCUCGAUUAUUGAGUAUUACUCGUCCUAAUAGCAUCGUACGAGGACGUGUGUGGAGCAACACAAUAUUAGCAGCUUCUGGUAGCCCGUACGUUGUUACUGGGGACAUCACCGUCUUACCUGGCAAAACACUGACCAUAGAAUCAGGAGUUGAACUGAGAUUCACGCACAACACUGGAAUUUUGGUGGAAGGACAGCUCAUUGCUCAUGGCAACGACAAUUCUCUAAUAUUACUGAGAGAUGAUAGCUUUGGUGACCUGCAGAUAGAAGAAGGUAGUCUAAGACUCGCUGACGGUCCGUAUCAAUGGAAAGGAAGAGUGGAAAUAUUUCACAAUGGCAGUUGGGGUCCUGUUUGUGUUGUGCGUGAUCACAAUAAUUGGUGGGGAGGUUAUCAUGAUCAUUACAACACUGAAGUAAUAUGCAGAGAAUUGGGAUUCUCUGGUGCUAAUUGGCAAUGGCUGUUCGUUGAUCCAACAAUAGCAAAUUCGACUAACGCAGCGUGGCUAGAACACGUAUUGUGUAGAGGAAAUGAAGAGUCUCUACGACAAUGCAUCAAUUACGAUUUAAGAGAAAGUAACUGCCGAUAUGGUCAAUUGGUGGCGUCAUGUUACACUAGCAACUAUAUAUAUCACCACCAGAAAAGCUCCAAAUCCGUUUAUUAUUGGACUGGAGUUCGAUUCUCUUCUGGAGCGUCCGGCAAAUCCUCAAUGAGAAAUGUGAUUAUUAGUAAUGCAGGAAUAGCAAACGCAGGUCAUAUAGCUGCCAUUCAAAACAUUGGAGCAAACGUUGAGUUACUCAACGUCGUCGUCAAUAAGAGCGCGUGGACUGGAAUAGAAAUUAGUCAUUCUCCCUAUACCAACAUAUCUCAACUGACGGUAGAAGAGAGCGAUGGUAAUGGAGUUGAACUGAUCAAUACGGCUGCUAGUUCUAUUACACACUUGACAAGCAACAACAAUGUCGGUCACGGCUUGGCAAUAAGAGUCGAUGGUGUUCUACAAAGAAUGUGGAAUGUUCCCGUAUUACAGAGCGAGAUAGUUGAUAUCUGCUCAGUGUCCAGCUCACUCUCGGCUGCUUCCCCGUUCUUCCUCAGCCGGAACAGAUUUGAACCCAACUUUCCUCUCCACUACGAUUCACAAUCUGGAAAGAUUACAGUUUACGUAUCAGCACAAGUAUACGUCGACCGCUUUACGUGGGAAGACGACUACUUUCUCUUUUACAUACAGCAGCAUCCCACAGAUAUAAAUAGUCAACAGAUGAGCUCACAUCACAUUUCAAGUGCAUUCCUGAUGAAUAACGGAUUAUCAGGCUUGAUGGUCAAUACCAGCAAGAGCAGCAACGAAAGAUACGAUUUCUCCCUCAGUGACUCUGUUGUGUCAAACAACACUGUUGGAGGGAUUGACGUGGCGGCUACAAGUUCAGGAGACAAUGGAUACGGGUCGACAGUACAUACUUUUGAAUUGAGCAGAAACGUUAUUGCUCGUAACGGACAGUUGGCUACAACGACGACACAUCUGAGAUCUAGCGGUGUGAACAUGCAAGUAGACAAAUCCAACCUUCUCAUACAAAACAAUGUCAUUGAGAGUAAUGCAGGAGGAGCUAUUACCUUACAGUUAGACAGAGGGAGUGAGAAAUUGUCUGUUGUUGUAAGCAACAAUCAGAUUGAGGCAAAUAUGGGAGGUGCCGCCGUGUCGUUGUCUGCAGCUAGUGGCACGACGGGACCGCGAGCAUCGAUCGCUGAUAACGAUAUCAGUCAUAAUUCUGCUGGCAUUGUGCACGACACAUUAUCUAUCACUAACGUCGCCGCUAACGUGAGUGGAAAUACGUUUUACAACAACACAGCUCGUUACACCGUACGCUGGCAAACUGCAUCACAACAUUCGGUGGACAACCAGCACUGUUCACGUAACAUCUUCUAUUUGAAUGUGGGGCAGAAACCAAACGAGAGGUGGACCAUACUAGCAGAAGGUGUGGCCGCUUCGUAUAGUGGAAAUGUGUUCGAUAACCCUGUCAAUACAUAUGAAAUGGUAGCAGGAUGGGAUCAAAAUCAAAACCAAAGCAAUCAUGAAGCCAAAAACAACUGGUGGGGAACAGCAAACUUGAACAAGGCAGAACAGAAAGUAUUGGACAAACACGACGAAGCAUUCAGAGCAAAUAUAGAUAUCACGCCCAUUAAAAACACCAACCCUUGGUCAGUUCAAACAGUUUGUUCUUUUGGUUGGAAAGAAUUCAAAAGAAACUGUUAUCUCUACGUAAAGGGAGCGAGAAGUUGGUCUGCAGCAAGUGCUUAUUGUCGAAAUGAAGGCGGGAAACUAGCAGCAGCGCUAACAACAACGACGUACGCAACACUAAUACCGUCAUGGUCAACUGCAACAGAAGUUUGGUCUUAUAAGCAAGAGUCUGAUCAAUGUGAGUCUGUCCAAACAGUUGUAGUCAGCAUGGUCGAUGCAACAGCAAUACUCGAACUUGUUUAUGCAGCAAAGGAUGGGCAGGAAGCGAUUGCUCCGAUUUCGACUGCGCUCAAGUUAACGAAUGCUCGGGAUAUGGUACGUGUGUUGGACCUAAUCAGUGCCGUUGCAGAGUUGGAUGGAAGGUCAGAUGACACUUGGUCGCGCCUGCACCACCACAUAUUGUGGAUUAUAUACAACAUGUCACGCAUGCAGCAGACAAGCAGGAUGUGGAUGGUGUGA